AUGAUCAAAUCCAACACUAGCAACGAUCAUAAAGAAAGAUCAAACACAUUGUCAUCAAGUGCAACAAGAACAACCAAGCAAAAAGAUUCAAGUCUUAAUUUUUUAGCUUCCAAUUUAUCAAAGACAAUGGGAAUUGAGUCGUCUUUGAGUACCACUAGACCUAAAAGCAGGGGAGUGUCCCCUGCUAGUAGACCUAAAAGCAGGGGAGAGUCCCCUGCUGGAAGGCCAAAAAUCCUGGGAGCUCAGUUUCCAGGAUUUUCUGAUGAAACUCCACCUAAUCUCAAGACAAACCGGUCCCUGUCAGCAAACAGGGGCCGGCCUAACCAAUCAACUAACCAAAGGCCAGGAUCAUCAUCAUCGUCCUCUUCUUCAACGUCAAUACCUUCUACAAAACCAAUAAGACGACAAUCUUGUUCACCUAGUGUAACGCGUGGACGAAAACAAGAGAUUAGUACAAGUAGUACAAAUAUUCAACAUGGGAAUGGUACAACACAAGUUCUUGGUAGCAAAAUGCUUGACAAGUUCAUGAAUGCUAGGAAGUCAAUUCAUGAAGAGAAGGCAAAAUUGACUAGUUCAAUGAAUGAGAGCUCUGGUUUUGGAAGGCACAUUUCAAGAAUUUCAGCAAAUAUGGCUCACAAGCACAUGGUAAGUGUAUCUAAUUUACUUGUUACUCCCUUCAUCUCAAAUUAUCUAUCGUAUUUCUCUUUUACACGUCUCUUCAGAAAAUAUUAA